CCAUCUGAGACCCCCAAUAGCAAGAAACAGAAGAAAAGCAGCUCGAAGAAAGAACAAAAUAAAACUACUUCUUUUUACUCUGAUUCUUUGAAUCCGCUACAGAGCAUUUGCUGGGUUCUGACGGAUAGUUCUGCAGAUACUUGGGCACCUUUUGUUCAUGGCAACAUGGUUCCUGAAGGCCAAAGACAAGAAUGGGAUGCUGUCUUCUCGACUGUGUCUCAAAGGAAUGUAAAUAGGUCUGAGCUAUGGAAGCAGUUACAAAUGCUUGCAUUGGAGUAGGCUGUUUAUAUUGCACCAUUUUAGGUGCAGCUCCUGAAGUGUGACCUUUCUCUGAUUUUGCAUGAAUGCGGGAUGUUUGGAUCACUCCCAUAGAUUGUGUUCUGUUGGUAAUGUGCUUUGAUUGUAGUGUAAUUUCAUUUUUGUCAGUAGCUAGUUUGAAGAAAUUUUUUCAACUUGAUUGUGUCUAAACCAUAUUUAGACUAAACCAUAUUUAGAAAUUGUAGUUUUUUAAAGGCAAUUUUCUUUUAUGUUGUUUUUGCUCAAUUUGAUCUUCUUUUACCAUAUGUAUCUGGGGAUAGAGGGUUGAGGUAUGUGAAAGUCUGCAUGACAUGGCACCCAAGGGUGUGGCCUAGUGGUUCAAUGAAGUUGGGAUGAGCACUAUGAGGUCUCAGGUUCAAUUCUCAGCAGAGACAAAGACUAGGUGUUUUCUUCCCAUCUGUUCUAGCCUUGGUGGACAGGUAUCCCGUCGAUUUAGUCAAAGUGCGUGCAAGUUGGCCCGGACACCACGGUUAUCAAAAAAAAAAGUCUGCAUGACAUGACCAAAUCAUCUCAACUAUUCUCUUGUUUUUUUUCUCGAUGUGUGCUAUUUGAAUCUUUUUGAUAAUGUGAUCAUUUUCUAGUUUAUAUGUGGAUUCAUAUUAGUAUUCUCAUCUUUGUGACUCUUUUUGUGGAUGAAUUGGUCUUUAUCAGCUCAAUAUUCACUCAUAUAAUAUUAGGGGUUGUUUCGUUGCUGGUUAUAGUUAUGUAGAUAUUAGUAAUACAUGUAUUAGUUGUAUAGAUAUUAGAUACUCCUCCGUUUCGAAAAGAAUGAUCUACUUUGACUUGACACAAUGUUUAAUAAA